CAGUCUCAAAACAAGUCUCGUGAGGAGUUGUCGAGCAGGAGCUGCACCAGAUGAAAAGUGUUAACAAUCAUACGACAUCAUAAGUGUGGAGUGUGUUGAUCUCCUCCUAUCUAUUCGUAAUAUCGCUUAAGGAUUAACGAUGUGGUCGUACAAGGUUCUUCUCAUGAGCAUGUUGGUUCAUGUGACCUUCUGCAUCACAGAAAAUCCUGUAUCUAUUAGGUCGAAAGACCUCCAACACCAUCAAUUAAUUACAUCAUCUACACUGAGAUGGCUGUCUGCUGAAAAAGGCAAGCACCCUGACAAAGCAGUAAUAGGAUCUAUAUUAAUAGAGGCCGAUAAUUCUUCAAAGCAACAGCCGAGUGACGAAAUGGACAACAACAAACAACUGACAGUGCCUAGAAAAGUGUAUAUUUGUAGGGCGAGAUAUAACUCAAUUCUGGUUCCUGGACAGCUUCGAUUCAGCUCUACUAAGUGUGAAAUAUCCAUGCAUGGUCGUACAUAUUAUUAUGAAAGAUACGAAGUGCUGGAAAAUAUUGAAAAUGGGGCUAGACUCACUUGGGUCAGGUGGGACAAAUACUCCGGUCUGCCUGUCGGUGCUGUAUCCGCUGGUGAGACUUAUAUUGCAAGAAGGAAAGCGUCAAAUGAAUCUACACUGGGACUUGAACACUUUUUGGGAAAACUUGAAAUGGAAGGGAUCACGGGGAAAAUAACUGUUCUCGACAAUGAAAGAGUGCCCCAAGAGUUCACAGAUGGCGAGGUACUCAUUGAAACAGAACCAGUUCGGUAUGAACUGACCAAUAUAAAAUUCAACUACCACAAGAAAAUGGAAAAGAAUGAUGUGCAAACACUUGGAUCAGCUGUGAUGGUCAACGAAGAGGACUUCACGGCAAACAGCGACACAGUAAUAACAUACAACUCGACUUACUCGAUAUACUGGGGCCAAGGAAAAGGCAUUUUAAUAGGUCUACCAACAACUAUAAGACAACAAGAUGGAAGCGUACUUGAAGAAAUCAAAUGGGGAAUCACAGAGAAAGAAGACCGAAAAGAACAUAUUUACAAAGUGGAAAUUAAACUUGAUCCAGGGACAGGAACAAACGUUACACUUCUGGGAAAUCUCACAGAAACUGAAAUUCCAUACACAGCAAGACUGGUUGCUGUCUAUCCUGAUGAUGCUACCCGAGGGAGGACCAUUCAAGGAAUUCGACACGAAAUUGCAUUGAAAGAUGUCAGAACAGUCUUCUCGCCCUUAUACUUUACCGGAAAUAAUUCAUUUGUGCCAACAACGACUACAACGACAACUACAACUACAACCACAACCACGACAACAACUGAAAAGAGCAAGGAUAUACCAAAGAGGACAGAGAAGGAGAGUGAGGUGAAGAAAGAAGAAAAUCAGACUACAGACCUGAUGAAUGAUCAGGGUUCAAAUGCCGGGUCGAAAAAGAAAGAAGUUCAUUCCCACAGCUCGGACGGAGUUAAUUUACAGUUUGACAAAUAUUUAUUCUAUAUUGUACCAUUUUUCCUAAGUCUUAGGAUAUGCUACUAAGAAAUUUCAAUAUGUGUGGCUCUAUAAAUGUACAUGACUGAGAAAAAUGUUGUUUGUUUUUUUGCAUCAGUUUUUAUCUUUGUUGACAUUAAUCGCUUGUGUUCUGAAGAGAGAUUGUAUAAAAGAGUUUGAGAAAGAAAUAGUUACAAUUGAUUUUUAAUCUUAAUUGUUGAAAAUUUUUGUCAAAGGUAAAUAAUAAAACCUUGCUUCAAGCGUU